GCCAGCGCUCUGCUAGAACAGUCCAUUAGUGUGUCAGGAUGGGCUCCAGUGCACUGGCUCUCCUUCUCUUGCUGAUCUCCAUCCUUCACGCUGGAUUCACUCGAGGACACAAACCUACAGUGACUGUGACACCAGUCAGUGCUGUAUUCACUGGAGAGACAGUCAAUCUGACGUGUGUGAUUGAGUCUUACAGUGACUGGACAUAUGAGUGGUAUAAAGACUAUAUAAAGUUACAGUCUGAUGGUCAUUACCCUGUAAACAGAGACACUCUCACUAUCAGAGGAGCUGCUGAGUCUGAUCAGGGUCAGUACUGGUGUAGAGGACUCAAAAAUGAAGGAUCAACCGACUAUUCAGAAGUUGUUCAUCUCUCAGUGAAGGCUUCACCCAGAUCUACAGUGACUGUGACACCAGACAGUGCUGUAUUCACUGGAGAGACAGUCAAUCUGACGUGUGUGAUUGAGUCUGAUCACAGUGACUGGACAUAUGAGUGGUAUACAGACAGAAACAGUGUAAAGUUACAGUCUGAUGGUCAUUACACUGUAAACAGAGACACUCUCACUAUCAGAGGAGCUGCUGAGUCUGAUCAGGGUCAGUACUGGUGUAGAGGACAGAGAUCUGAAAGACCAAACUCAUCACAAUCAACCUCUGCUGUUAAUCUCUCAUUGAAGGGUGAGCUGAAUAUUAUUUUCAUGAACUCAUAACAGAAUAACACUGAGUAAUGCACACAACAGUGAAGCAAGACUGAGCAUUAAUGGAAG